AUGCCCCUCUUCAGCCACUACGGAGAUAUCCCCGACUGCUCCUCGAAACUGUCGCACCCGUCUCUCGUCUUCGCCGUUGUCACUCCGCUGGUGGUGCUGGGGAGGUUUUUGAGUCGAAGGGGUUCCGGGAAGAUCGGGGGGGAUGAUUGGGUUGUUUUGGGUGCUUGUGCUGUCGCGGAAACAGUGUCUGUUCAGAUGAUUGUGGUCUGCGCAUGGGCCUUUGGGAAACACGUUUCAGAUAUCCAGCCAGCUCUACUUACGAGGACUUUGAAGCUCUACUUCAUCUCCCAAAUCCUCUACAAGGUCAACAUCGGCCUGACAAAAAUCAGCAUCCUUCUCUUCUACAUCCGCCUCUUCAUCCGUCCCCGCUUCCUCAGAGCAUGUUGGACCUGUCUCGUCCUCGUCGUCGUCUUUACUCUGGCGAGCGUCCUGGCGAGUGUCUUCCAAUGCACGCCGGUGGAACAUGCAUUCGACGGGCCCAAUUCCACGUCCGAGACGGAUCUUGAUUACUAUUAUCCAAGCUCGGGUUCGACCCGGCUCGAAAGUGGAAAAUGCAUCAAUCUAACAGCCUUCUGGUACGCAAACGCCGCGUUCAAUAUCCUCAGUGACGUGGUGAUUAUACUCCUCCCCAUUCCCGUGGUGGUACAACUGCAUCUUCCGCGGAGGACUAGGGGGGGUUAUGUGCUAUUUUUGCUGUGGGGGUUUUGUAUGUCUUUCUCCUCUCCUCCCUCCUCAUUCUUCUGGACGGGUUCAUUCGUUCUACUGCACAUUAGUGGCGGUGUUGACAUCGAUGUUCUGACGAGACAAGUGUCUGCAUAA